UCACACAGACGGAACGGCGAGGCGAGGUCGGCUCCCGCGGCUUGUGAGCUGAGAAAAGUAAAACAUGUCGUACGCGAAGUUUGUAGCAGCUCUUUUUCGGGCAAACCCGGGCAAUGUCAGGAAUAUAAGAUCGUCACCUGGAAGAUGUCGGUCGACGGUGGCCUCGACCAAGAGCAAGGGAGAGAAAGUUCAACAGACAGACGGCUGCGCGGCGGUGGACGCUGCGCGGGUCGAGCUCAUCAACCAGACCAAAAAUGUGGAAAACACGCAGUUGUGUAAAAGCACCAUUGACUUCGACAACACAGAGGAAGCCUACAAAAGCAAGGAUAACGUGGAACUCCUCCGAAGUCUGCUGGUCUUCAAGCUUUGUACAAUUGACGUCCUCGUUGAGAAGAACAAAGAGUUGAUGGAUCUGACCAAGAAGCUGCUUGGUCAGUGGAUGUUUGAGAAGCUGAUGAAAAUGACCUUCUACGGUCAGUUUGUGGCAGGGGAGGAUCACAACGCCAUCAAGCCGCUGAUUCAGAAGAAUCAGGCCUUUGGUGUGGGGGCAGUUUUGGAUUAUAGUGUGGAAGAGGACUUGACACAAGAAGAGGCAGUGAAGAAGGAGAUGGAUGCAUGUGUUUCUGAAGCAGAGAAAGAAAGUCCAGACGCAGAUUGUCGUGAGAAGAAGUACAAGGCGCAUCGUCAGUUUGGGGACAGGCGUGGAGGGGUUACUAGCGCUCGUACCUACUUCUAUGCAGAUGAGUCCAAAUGUGACAACCAAAUGGAGACAUUCAUAAACUGCAUUAGCGCCUCUGGGGGAGCCUCUACAGAUGGAUUUUCUGCCAUCAAAAUGACUGCUCUCGGACGCCCACAGUUCCUUCUCCAGUUUUCAGAAGUCCUGGUUAAAUGGAGACAGUUCUUUAACUUCCUCGCAGCAAAGCAGGGAAAGUCUGACAUGAUGGUUCUGGAACAAAAGCUGGAGCUGGAACCACUCAAGAAAACUUUGACUAAGAUGGAUAGUGGAGCCGUGGAUGACAAAGAGAAUUGGUUUACUGGAGAGAAGCUGGGUUUGUCGGGAACGAUCGAUCUGCUGGACUGGAACAGUUUAAUAGACGAUACAACAAAAAUCUCCAAUCUGCUCAUGGUGCCAAACCUUCAGACCGGCCAGCUGGAGCCUUUGUUGAACACGUUUACAGCCGAGGAGGAAAGGCAGAUGAAGAGAAUGCUGCAAAGAGUGGACAUUCUGGCCAAGCAUGCCAUGGCGAAAGGGGUAAGGCUCAUGGUGGACGCCGAGCAGACGUACUUUCAACCGGCGAUUAGUCGACUGACCCUGGAAAUGCAGAGGAAAUUCAACACAGAAAAGCCAAUUAUUUUCAACACUUACCAGUGUUACCUCAAGGACGCCUAUGACAAUGUAACUAUGGAUGUUGAGCUGUCACGACGGGAGGGCUGGUACUUUGGUGUCAAACUGGUUCGUGGAGCCUACAUGUACCAAGAGAGAGACAGGGCCAAAGAGAUUGGCUACGAAGACCCGAUAAACCCCGACUACGAGGCCACUAACAGGAUGUAUCACAAGUGUUUGGAGUACUUGCUGGAGGAGAUUAAUCACAGCAGGAAAGCAAAUAUCAUGGUUGCAACUCACAACGAGGACACAGUGAAAUUCACCCUUGAAAAGAUGAAUGAGAUGGGCCUUUCCCCCACAGAGAAUAAAGUUUACUUUGGACAGCUGCUGGGCAUGUGUGACCAGAUCAGCUUCCCGCUAGGUCAAGCGGGUUUCCCCGUCUACAAGUACGUUCCAUAUGGCCCGGUCAACGAGGUCAUCCCAUAUCUGUCUCGCCGCGCUCAAGAGAACCGUGGCUUCAUGAAGGGAUCCCAGAGGGAGCGCAGCCUGCUGUGGACGGAGCUGCGGCGCCGGGUUCUGGCUGGGCAGAUGUUCUACAAGCCCGUCUACUGAGCGAAGGACCACAACGUACUACCCGAGUCAGCAUUCCUUUACCUCCUUACUGUACGGGAAGAUUAACGUCCUUCCUUGGCUUGUUCGACUGGGAAGAUUCAUGUGUUUGCCUUAAAACCUGAGUUAGUUUAGUUUGACUAAAUUAAUGGAAUUGUAAUCCUCAGAAUCAACAUAACAAACGUUGCACUUUUUCAAGAAAUGAUUGCAAAUGUUUAUGCAUCUAAACAGUCAUCUUUGAUUGAUGGAGAUAUUCAGUAUGGCAUUGUUCUGUAGAGGCUAAGAGAUUAUAAUGUGAAUUUAUGGUUACCAAAGCUGAUGUGCUUGUAUAUAACUAUAGAUACAGGUAUUUUGUUUGUUUAUUUGAAAGGAGACCCGUGUAUGUUUUGUUUAGUGUUUACCUCACAUGAAGCCGUCACUCUAAAGUGCCUUAUGAUUGUUUUAUUAAGAUAAACUGGAAGCAAUCAGCGACUGUACACCUAAAUUUGUUUUGAAACUUUUCACUCCUCCGAAGGGAUCGUUCCCUAUUUUAGCUUAUUUAUUGAUGAUGCUAUGUGUCAAGUAAUAAUCAAUUAAUGAGGCAAUCCUUCUGCGGCGUAGUGAUUUUGAUAACAAACGAGGCGAUCCUCUCUUUGAUCUCUCAUGACGCGUUCACGUCGAUGUUCUUGAGACAAAGAACAGAUCGAAUCAAACACACGGUUUUGGGUGUCUAGCUGAAAACGGUCCAGGUUCAAGUGUUGUGGACGCGAGGAAACGAGCCAGCUGCCUCCAACGUGGAAGUGACCUUCAUUUGACCUCCGACACAGCAAACUCAGCUGAGGCUGCACCAAAGUACUCUGGGAAUAGCUGUUGUAUGAACUGUGAUGGAGGACACUCUGACGGGCACUUCAAUUGAGUUUAAUGGAAGUUAUGGAUAACAUCUUUUAGAUUGAAGUGAAUACUGUAAAACGCCUCAUAGCUUUUUAUAAGUCUGAACAUUACAAACUAAUUUAACAGUGUUGGUGUGGAAGAAAUACUUUGAGUGGUUUAACCUAUUUGUUCAAGCAUGGACAAUUUGAUUUUCUAAAACAAAAGGCUUACAUUUGUUAGGAUCUGGAGUUUGUGUCUAGUUUUGUGUCUUGUUUUGAAGUCCUUGUGUCAUCUGUCUCCCUGUGAUUGUCUGCCCUGGCCCUGAUUGUUUCCUUCUGUGUGAUUGCUGGCCCCGCCCUCAUUGUGUCCACCUGUGUCUCGUUCCCCGUUAUCCAAUCCUCUCACCUUGCCUGUGUAUGUAAACCCUGUUUGUCUCAUUCCCAGUGUGGCUUCGUACUGUUUAGUCUGCGUUUUUGUCGUUCCUGUCUGGUCUGGUCUGUGAUUUUUGUAAUUAAAUAGUUUGUGCAGUAAUGUCGGCGUUUGGGUCCUCUCUUGCUGCGACAACCGUGACCACACAUGACAACAUUUAAAUCUUGAGUAUUUGAUUUUUAUUUGAAUGCAUGUCCUGAUGUUCUUUUCUUUUUUUGUUACCUCAUCACUGCUCUGGAAGUAUAUUUUGUACAGUUGUAAAAUAUAUGUAAUCAUUUAAGACAAUCAAAUAGAGAUAACCAUAAAAGAAACAAGAAUUGUGUUUA